AUGACUAGGUCGGGAAUGAGCUAUGCUCCCAAGGAUUUUAAUCGAAGAGUUCUUAGGAAGGAACAGAAUCCUAAGAAGAAUUUUAUCGAUACUGAAUUCACUGAAUUUUGGAAGAAGAUGCAACUGAAAGACUAUUCAGUCAAAGAGAUUCCAGAAUCAAUCAUAACAGAUAAUGUAGCCAAUCUCAAUAGCGAUCUUAUGAAGGAAAUUUGGGAAAGGUUCAAGAUUUCUUAUGGAAAUUCCAUAGUUUAUCGACCACAGAUGAAUGAAGCAGUUGAGAACAUCUACUGGGGCAACUCCUUAUAUGUUGGUUUAUGUUCAGAAGUAGUAAUACCUGCUCAAGUGGAAAUACCAUCUUUAAGGAUUAUUCAAGAGGUCGGUUUAGAUGAUGCAAAAUGGAUUCACAGUAGGAUUGAACAGCUAAUGAUCAUUGAUGAGAAAAGAAUGGACGCAGUUUGUUAUGGUCAACUCUAUCAGAACAGAAUGGCCAAAGCAUUCAACAAGAAAGUAAAACCUCGACAGUUCACACCGGGACAAUUGGUAUUGAAGAACAUAUUUCCUCACCAAAGAGAAGCUAAAGGGAAAUUUGCACCAAACUUGCAAGGUCCUUACAUGGUUCAUAGAGUACUCUCUAGAGGAGCAGUUAUCUUGGUAGAAAUGGACGGCACAGUGAGCACGAAGCCAAUCAAUUCAGAUGCCAUCAAGAAGUACUACAUCUGA